CCGAAUGUUCUUUCGAAAGUAUGGUGAGAACUAAUAGUCGCGUGUAGUAUUUUUUUUCAAAUAAUAAUGAAUAGAUUAACCGCAUAUACUUUUAAAAAUUUAAAAUUGUUAAAUAAUAUUAACAAAUUCAGGGGCUUAAGUUCUGCGGCGGCCAAGCCUGAAGGACCGUUGUUUCCGCAUAGGGAUGAAUUCCCUUCCAGGCAUAUAGGCCCAAGAGAUCAAGAUAUUAUUGUUAUGUUAGAUACUAUUGGUUUUAAGAGUUUGGACCAAUUAACAGAAAAAGCGGUACCCAAGAAUAUUUCCUUGAAUGAAUCGUUGGAUAUAGAGGAGCCCUUAGGCGAAUAUGAACUAAUCAACCGAAUAAGGUCUAUAGCAGAACGUAACAAAAUAUGGAGAUCCUAUAUCGGCAUGGGAUACCACAACUGCUGCGUGCCACACACAAUUAUGAGAAAUAUUUUCGAAAAUCCCGGAUGGACCACCCAGUAUACUCCUUAUCAGCCAGAAGUAGCCCAAGGUCGUCUAGAAGGUCUUCUUAACUAUCAAACGAUGGUUUCUGAACUAACCGGCCUUGAUGUAGCAAAUGCUUCAUUGUUGGAUGAAGGUACUGCUGCUGCUGAAGCGUUGUCUCUCUGUUAUAGGCAGAAUAAGAGAAGGAAACUUUUGGUGUCCAAUAAGUUGCAUCCGCAGACUAUUUCUGUGGUACAGACAAGAUUGAGCUCGUUAGGAUUAGAAGUCCAAGUGGUAGACAUCUCCAAGUCAGAUUUCUCUAACAGAGACAUCGCUGGCAUCCUUUUCCAAUACCCUGACACUGAGGGGAACGUAGAAGAUUUCUCUUCAGUGGCGGAGGACGCCCAUUCACAUGGAACUCUUGUUUGUUGUGCCACUGACCUCCUCAGCCUCACCCUCCUUCGUCCUCCGAGCGAAUUUGGUGCCGACAUGGCCAUUGGUACCUCACAAAGGCUCGGAGUACCAUUGGGUUACGGUGGUCCUCACGCUGGAUUCUUUGCAUGUAAUCAAUCGUUAGUAAGACUGAUGCCAGGAAGGAUGAUUGGGGUGACUAGAGAUGCCGCUGGGAGAGACGGAUACCGUUUGGCCCUUCAGACCAGAGAGCAACACAUUAGGAGAGAUAAGGCUACCAGUAAUAUUUGUACUGCCCAAGCCCUUUUAGCCAACAUGUCUGCGAUGUUCGCGGUGUAUCACGGUCCUCAAGGGCUGAAGGAUAUCGCCAUGAAGAUUCAUCAUUUUACUUUGAUUCUUCAUCAUGGCCUUCAAAAGGACGGAAACACUUUAACAAACGAAGUGUUCUUUGACACUCUACGCGUGGAACCCAAACUGGACCUCGAGGAAAUUAAAGCUAGGGCAGCCGAAAAAGAGAUAAACUUCCGAUAUUAUGACGACGGAGCGGUAGGAAUCGCCCUGGAUGAAACCGUCACCCCCAAAGACAUCAACGAUAUUUUUUACAUAUUCGGGAGCACACAGACCUUGGACAGUUUACUAAACGACUUAAAAGUACGGGAAAAAGCUAUUUACAGAAGCGAGUUCAAGCGAACAUCCCCGUUUCUUACCCAUCCAGUUUUCAACUCACACCACUCAGAGACCAGGAUCGUUCGCUACAUGAAAGUCCUAGAAAACAAGGAUAUUUCCCUGGUGCACUCGAUGAUCCCUUUAGGGUCUUGCACCAUGAAACUCAACUCCACCACCGAAAUGAUGCCGUGCUCUUUCAAACAUUUCACGGACAUCCACCCGUUCGCACCCCUGGACCAGUCUUUGGGGUACCACCAACUGUUUGCCGAGCUGGAGAAAGACUUGUGCGCCAUCACCGGCUAUGACAAGAUCAGUUUCCAACCGAACAGUGGGGCCCAGGGAGAAUAUGCGGGUCUACGAGCCAUCCAAUGCUACCACGAAGCGAGAGGGGAUAAACACAGAGACGUUUGCCUAAUUCCAGUAAGCGCUCAUGGUACCAAUCCGGCCAGUGCCCAAAUGGCCGGCAUGCGUGUCGAACCCGUGAGAGUUAAACAGGAUGGUACCAUCGACGUGGAAGAUCUAAAAUCAAAAGCGGAAAAGUUCCGCAACCGGUUGUCUUGCCUUAUGAUCACUUAUCCAUCUACCAAUGGGGUCUUUGAAGAUACGGUGGCGGAAGUGUGUGAAAUUAUCCAUAAAAAUGGGGGGCAAGUUUACUUGGACGGCGCAAACAUGAACGCUCAGGUGGGACUUUGUAGACCCGGUGACUAUGGGAGUGACGUGUCCCAUUUGAAUCUCCACAAGACUUUUUGUAUUCCUCAUGGGGGUGGUGGGCCUGGUAUGGGUCCUAUAGGAGUAAAAAGCCACUUGGCCCCUUUUUUGCCCGGGCAUCCUGUAGUGAAUCCUUUAGGGGCCAACUCGACUUCAUAUGAAGUGGUUAGUGCCGCCCCUUAUGGCUCCAGUGCGAUUCUGCCUAUAUCUUGGGCUUAUAUUAAGAUGAUGGGCCCAAGGGGCUUAAGGAAGGCCACACAAGUAGCCAUACUUAACGCCAACUAUAUGUCAAAGGUGCUGGAACCUUAUUAUAAUACCUUAUUUAAGAGUGGCACCUCCAAUUUAGUGGCACACGAGUUUAUUAUCGAUAUAAGGGAAUUCAAAAAGACUGCCAACAUAGAAGCCGCUGAUAUCGCGAAACGUUUAAUGGACUACAGCUUUCACGCCCCAACAAUGUCUUGGCCUGUAGCAGGAACUCUUAUGAUCGAACCCACUGAGUCUGAGGAUAAACAGGAGCUGGAUAGGUUCUGUGAGGCGAUGAUCUACAUCCGGCAGGAGAUCAAGGAUAUCGAGGAGGGGAAAAUGGAUAUUAGGAUGAAUCCUUUGAAGAUGGCCCCGCAUACGCAGGAGCAGGUGAUCAACAGCGCUUGGGAGCGACCUUAUACGAGGGAACAGGCGGCUUUCCCCGCUCCGUUCGUGAAACCCGAGCUGAAGGUGUGGCCCACGGUGGCCAGGAUCGAUGAUAUUUAUGGGGAUAAGCACCUGGUGUGCACGUGUCCGCCUAUUUUGGAUCAGUAUAAUUAUUGAGGAGUUUUUGUUUUGUUGAAUAAAUUAUGAUUUUUUUGAA